CCUCACCUUAAAACUUGGAGUCUAAAAUCAACUCGUAUAUAUUUACAGGAGAGCUGGUAUCUAUUUAUACUUUAGCUUAUAUAUAUAUUGAAUUUGCCAAUGGAGAAAGUAAGCAGAAUGGUAACUGAAAAGCCAGUGGUGAUAUUCAGCAAGAGUUGUUGCUGCAUGAGCCACUCUAUUAAGUCUCUCUUCUCCGACCUCGGCGUUAACACCGCGAUUUACGAGCUGGACGAGAUGCAGAGAGGCCAUGAUAUAGAGGCGGCGCUUUCAAAUCUCGGCUGCAAUCCAACAGUUCCGGCGGUGUUCAUCGGCGGCGAAAUGGUGGGUGGAGAAAAUGAGGUGAUGAGUCUUCAUCUCCAAGGGUCCUUAAAGCCAAAACUCAAAAGCGCAGGAGCUUUGUGGGUUUAAUAAACGCUUUACUAAACCUAACUUCUACCGUUCUACGUAUCAAACGCAGGCCAAUAAAAACAAUAACAAUGAUCAUGGCGAUGCUUUGCGUUUUUAUUUUUUAAAUAAUACUCUUAGUUAGAGUUUGGAUACUAAUUAAUUACUUUUUACUAUGAAAAAGGAAAAAAUUUAAAGUGUGUAUAUGUAUAAGGAUUAAACUUAUACUAUAUAUAAUGACAAAUGUAAAGAUUUUUAACACUAUUUGUAUAUUAACUUCUUGUAGCAAGUAGUCUAUUUUAUUUCCAAAUAAAUUAUUGUACUUGUUAUGAGUA